AUGGGUGAGAGAUCCCCUCUUCUUGUCACCAUGUUCUCUCUUGCUCUACUGACCAUUAAGCUUGAGAUUUCUCAUGGUUCCACCUAUAUCCGUUGCCGAGAGAGAGAGCGGAAAGCCCUGAUCGACUUCAAGCUCGGACUUCGUGAUCCUUCCCAUCGUCUCUCUUCCUGGGUCGGGGAGGAUUGUUGUACCUGGGAAGGCGUCGACUGCAGCAACAUCACUGGCCACGUUACCAAGCUCGACCUUCGGAAUCAACACAACGAGGACAUAUUUGAUUGCUCUGACGAUAAUACGUUUGACAUUUUUUCGCUACAUACCGGAUGCAAAUGGGCACUGCGUGGUGACCUGAGCCCAUCGUUGCUUUCUCUGCGGCACCUUCAUCACUUGGAUCUCAGCGGCAACUAUUUUAAGCGUAACCACAUCCCUGAGUUAUUGGGAUCCUUGACGAGACUAACGUAUCUAAAUCUAUCAAAUGCAGGCUUAGUGGGCAGAGUACCCGAUCAGCUGGGGAAUCUCUCUGCCUUGCUCUACCUCGACCUUUCUUAUGACGGAGAUGAUUUCUCUGGAAACUUGUUCAUCGAAAACCCUGAAUGGAUCUCUCGGCUCGCUUCACUUCGGCGUCUGAAUAUGAAUUCAGUCGAUUUUAGAAGUGCGUCCAACUGGUUACGAGCAUUGAACGCCCUCCCUCAUGUUCGAGAAGUUGAAUUGUCUGGCUGCUACUUGGGAACCUUACCUCGUUCGCUUCCAUAUGUCAACUUCACAUCUCUCACCAGACUUGAUCUUGGAUAUAACGAUUUCAACUGUAGCAUACCAGAUUGGUUGCUUAAUGUAACUAGUCUCCAGUACCUUUACCUUGGUUACAAUUCUCUCUCGGUCUUCCUUCCUGCCAUUGCCAAGCUGACAUCUCUCAGGGCACUCGACUUGUCCAGAAAUUUGUUCCACAGGGCACUCGACUAA